AACCAAAAGCUGCAUUUUUUAAAUUCAUCCAUGGACAAACCUUCGUCUUGGUAUUCCAACCUCUACAUAUACUAUUAUUCUUGAGAGAUAGGGAGAGAGGGAGAGAGAUGGAGGAGGGAUUGCUGUUGGUGGGAGAGAGGAGAAGAAGAUGGAAGGAAAUAGGGGAAGAGGUGAAGAGGUUGGGAUAUAUAGCUGCGCCAAUGGUGGCCGUCACUCUAUCAUUCUACUUGCUCGAGAUUGUCUCAUUGAUUAUGGUCGGCCAUUUAGGGGAACUCGCUCUUUCCAGCGCCGCCAUAGCCAUUUCUCUUGCUGGGAUCACUGGCUUCAGUUUUCUUUUGGGUAUGGCCAGUGCAUUAGAAACGAUUAGUGGACAAGCUUUUGGAGCUCAACAAUACAAAAAACUGGGGACUCAGACUUAUACUGCUAUCUUUUCUCUGAUAAUCGUGUGCGUUCCUCUCUCCAUCUUGUGGAUUUACGUGGAGGACUUACUCAAGUAUGUCGGCCAAGACCCUCAGAUUUCUCGCGAAGCAGGAAGAUUUUCAAUGUGGCUUAUCCCUGCACUCUUUGGCUCCGCGAUUCUUCAACCACUCAUUCGGUACUAUCAGAUGCAGAGCUUGAUUUUCCCCAUGCUCGUUAGCUCCUGCAUGACGCUCUGCUUCCACAUACCACUGUGUUGGGCACUGGUUUUCAAGUCGGGAUUAGAGAAUAUCGGAGGUGCAGUUGCCAUGGAUAUUUCGAUGUGGUUGAAUGUAGCCAUGCUAGGUUUAUUCAUGAAGUACUCCCCCGAUUGCCAGAAAACUCGCGCCCCAAUUUCUAUGAAGAUAUUUGAAGGCAUGAAAGAAUUUUUCCGCUACGCGAUUCCUUCUGCCCUCAUGAUUUGCCUCGAAUGGUGGUCAUUUGAGCUACUAAUUUUGCUUUCAGGGCUAUUGCCGAAUCCACAGCUUGAAACCUCAGUGCUUUCGAUCUGCUUAAACAUCGUUGUAACGCUUUAUGCGAUACCAUUUGGAUUAGCAGCAGCAGCAAGCACUCGAAUCUCAAACGAGCUGGGAGCAGGAAGGCCAGAGGGAGCUCGUCUAUCUGUCAUUGCCUUGAUGCUCCUUGCAGCACUAAACUCUUUAAUUGUAAGCCUUACCAUCUUUCCCAGUGGGAAGGUCUUUGGUUACAUUUUCAGCAACGAGAAGGAAGUCGUGGACUACGUAGCCAACAUGGCUCCUCUAGUCUGUCUGUCUAUCAUAACAGACUGUCUCCAAGGAGUCCUUUCAGGUGUUGCUAGGGGCUGUGGCUGGCAGCAUCUCGGUGCUUACAUCAAUCUCGUAGCGUUUUACCUCUUUGGGGUCCCGAUUGCAGCUGCAUUGUCUUUCUGGUUCGACUUUAGAGGGAAAGGGCUGUGGAUCGGGAUACUGUGUGGGGCAACAAUGCAGUCCCUCAUGCUUGUGAUCAUCACGGCUUGCAUGAACUGGGAGAAACAGGCAGCAAAGGUGAGGGAGAGGCUAUGUGAAGAGGAGUCUUUGUUUGGUGAUAGGCUUACAUAAACAAUCAAAUUCAUAAUUUUGUAGUUUGGAGAUAUUUUCGUCUGGUUAGUUUUUUUUGGUAACGACUUAUAAUUAUUUUGUUCGUCUGAAAUU